AUGUCCGAGUCGCCCAAGCCCGAUGUCCCUAACUCCGUCCACCCUCGCCCUGCCAUGUCCUUCCCCUCCUGCAAGUCGGAAUGCCUCACCGAUGGAUUCGCAACGGUGCACGACGACGGAGAUGCACAGUUCGACGCCUCCGCCCGGUGCUGGAAUGAUGUGGCCCAGACCGCCACCAUUGAGCAGCUGGUGACCCUCAAGCAGGGGCUGAGAGCCUUGGACACCGAGCUGUUCUGGAAACGGCUCAUGGAGGAUAUCACCUCCAUCUCCAAGGCCCAAUAUGGCUUUGUUGCUCGGCGAGUACAUGGCGGCGAGCCCAUGCCCGAACUGGGCGGACGCCGGCCAUCGCUGUUCGGGGCGGUCUUUUACUACAACGAUGGGUACCAGAAUGUCGGACUACAGCGAAAUCGAUAUUUCGCCGGCGGAAACCCGCUGCUACAUAUGGACCAUGAACGACCGUGUCUCAUCAAGGAAAACCUCAAAUCCCUAGUCUCAUUCGGCGACGACCAACUGCCCUUCCCCGCCGACGCGUAUCUGGCGAUCCCACUCUUCUCGGCUGGCAAGUGCCUGGCGCAUCUCGGGUUGAUGUGGUCCAAGGAUGGUCUCCGCAGUCGAAACCUGUCUUGGUCGUUUCUCGAAAUGAUUCUCCACUCCCUCGAGGACCUAAUCGUGCAGCGACUCUUGCUGGACGAAGUUUUUCCGGACCACGAAGACUCUCAAUUCCCGGCCCUCGAAUCUCCCACUCGCUCAGAUGCUGGACAUGACCAUAUUCGAGACUCUUCUCAUUUCACCGCCCAUCCACUCAAACCGUUCGCCAAAAGUCUAUCCCAUGAGCUCCGAACCCCGAUGCAAGGUGUGGUUGGCAUGCUGGAUGUCAUGCAUGCCACCGUGCGAGAGGCCAUGGAAAGCAAAACUCCGGUAAAAUCAGGUGGCAUUUUUCAGGCUCUCAAAGAGGGCAUUGAAAUGGUCCAGGAUAGCGCACGGCGCGCCGUCGAGGCGGCUGACAACGUCGUCCAUGCGUACGAUCUCAACAUGCAGGUGCCCAAAACACCUCAACGGGAGCAAGAAAACGGAAUGCUGGAUCCAACAUUUACCUCUGCCACCACCGAGAGCCGACCCAGUGUAUUUAUCGAAGGAAGUAACAUCGCCGUAAACCCAUAUAAGCGUCGACGGAGCCUUCCUCUGGAUAUGGACACUCGUCCGGUCCGAAGGCAGAGACUUCGCGCAGCAUCAUCACGACAAGAGCUCUCUCCACGCAGCGAAGAAGUCAAGAACGCUGUCCACGAGAGUGAUCAGAUCGUUCAUGCUACCCCCGCACGCCAAAUUGAAGAAGUCAUGGCUAAUAUGGUGGAUCCCCGUCCUUCGAUCGCAGUCCGACGAUGUGCUCCUCAUCUUCUCCUGGAGGGAAUCAAUAUGAACAUGCGAAGCCCGGCCCUCCGAUUUACGAAACUGCGAGACUUGCUCCGUUUGGUCAUCAACGAGUCUCUGCAUGUCGGUGGCCGACCGGAUUCAGCAACCAGUCAGGCGACUGCCUUUGGUGAGAAGAUUGAAAUUCGGUCUCGGUCGUCGAACGGGGAGAUCUUCACCCAAAUUGUGGACUGGUCUGUUGACCCCGCGUUGCCCGACACUCUUCUUGCAGACGACCGAGAUCUAGCCAAGUUGAUAUCCUGCGUUUUCCUAAACGCGAUUAAAUUUACAAAUAAUGGCACAAUUACCGUAUGUGCUACUGUGGACUCUAGAACCAGUGAUGUCCUGAUUCUCGUCCGAGACACUGGGCCCGGCAUCCCUGCAGCAUUCUUGCCCAACCUGUUCAAGCCGUUCUCCCGCGAGGAUGCAUCUACUACCCGCAGCAAGGACGGUCUCGGCCUCGGACUGCUGGUCGCCAAGGGCCUUGCACGGAGAAUGGGCGGUGAUCUGGUUUGCGUGCGCUCUUCGACCACGGGGCCCGAUCAUGGUUCCGAGUUCCAGAUUCGAGUGCCCGUGAACCAACGUGAAGCCUACAAUGGGCCCGGAACACCCAACGAGAGAAUGAUGACACCUCCGACUAUCAGCGACCAUGUCCGACACGGAAGUGCGAGCAGCUUCAUCUGGGAGUCGUCGUCGAUUUUAUCCCCACCUAUUGCUCAUAAUCAACGAGGCCAACAACCGACUCCAAGCACCGGUGACGACAGCACUUCUCAGAGCUCGACUCCACCGCGGACACUGACACAAUCCCGGUUCAAGCAGCCCUUGGGCCACACGCAUGACAGGAAGCUUGGCGAAAAAUUCCCUCUCCGCUUCCUCGUCGCUGAAGACAAUCGGAUCAACCGCCGUGUGCUGGUCAACAUGUUACGAAAGUUGGGAUACCGGGAUGUCCUCGAGGCUGCCGACGGUAAAGAAGCCGUGCAAAUCAUGCAAGACAUUCUAUCAGCCUCGUCAUCCACCAACGGUUCUCCAACGGGCGAGGCUGGCCCAUCUACCCAGCCGUCUACCCCCGAGAUGAAGCCCAUCGACAUCGUCCUGAUGGACCUGUGGAUGCCCGAAAUGGACGGAUAUGAGGCGACUUCUCGCAUUCUUCAGAUGGUGGACGACCACCAGAGCCAGUGCUUUAGCGCCGAUGAUGAUCCUCGGCGGAUGAGUAUCACAACCAAUUCUGACGUCAUAGAAAUGGACGCUGUGACCAGUCCGAUCCGCGCGCACCGUCCUCCUACCGUGCUAGCAGUUAGUGCGGACGUGACUGACGAGGCGCUCAACCGUGCCAGAAAAGUCGGCAUUAAGGGAUACAUGACGAAGCCCUAUAAACUGUCCGAUCUGGAGCGACUCAUUCUUGGAUUCUGCGGUCCAAUGGAGACGGUUGUGGCGGCUGCAUAA